AUGGCGCGCAACAUGGAAUUCCCAGAGCUUCUUCUCCCUGAAGAACUUGUCAUAGAAAUCUUGUCAUGCCUUCCGGUAAAAUCUCACGUGCGAUUCAGGUGUGUGUCAGAGUCAUGGAACUCUCUCAUCUCCGAUUCUCAAUUUGUGAAACUACACCUUCACCGAUCUUAUGCUCGAAACGUAGAUUUUGCUCACAUGCUCUUGCUAAUCGGAUGUCACACCGAUAACUUUGGUCGUACUUAUGCUUCAUCUCGCUCUGUGAGUUCUCUGUUGGAAAGCCCUUGGGAUAUUGAAGUAAGCCGAAGUGGUAUCGAAGGGGACCAUUCCAUAGGAUCCUGCAACGGGUUGAUUUGUUUGAGAAAAGUAAUAUCUGACGACCCAUUUCAUGUAUACUACAACCUCAACAAAAACUGGGUUCGUUUCUGGAACCCAGCUACGAGGCUUAUGGCUCCAUACUCACCAACUUUACAUGGUGAAGGGCUUUCUUUUGGGUUUGGCUAUGAUUGUUCAAGUGACACCUACAAGGUGGUGGCAGUGAAACCAUCUACGGAUACAAUGAUGAAUGUUUACAACAUGGGUGAUACUUGUUGGAGAAGAAUUCAAGUUUCCCCUCUUCCCCCUUUGCAUCUUAGAGGAGCUGCAGUUUAUGUUAGUAACACUCUUAAUUGGUUAGCAAGUCUAGAUAUUAUCCAUAAGAACUAUGAAAUGUUGGACACUGAUCCGAGCUUAAUUGUUUCCUUUGAUUUGGGGAAAGAAAAUUAUGCACAACACUUGUCAGUGCCUUGUCCUCGGCGUAGAGAUGAAUUCCACGAUUUUUGUCUAACACUCGGAGUUUUGAGGGGUUGCCUAUGUGUUUCGCAAGAUGACAGGAAUACAGGUAAUUUGGUUAUUUGGCAAAUGAAGGAGUUUGGAGUACACGGGUCUUGGACUCAAUUGUUGAACAUUAAUGUCAGUCAAAAUUUUAUUCUUUAUCCCUGCUUUGCAAUGUGCAUGUCUGAUAAUGGUGAUGCCCUGUUGUUGGAAAGAUUGGGUGUGCACCAAGCAGUUCUCUACACCCGAAAAGAUGAUAAAUUAGAACGCACGAUGAUUUCUAGCAGAAGCCUUGGUUGCUAUCUCAAUAACUACAUCGAAAGUUUGGUUUCACCUUGUUGA